AGUAAGCCCACGACGGCCUCUGCCUCACUAAAUGUAGAGUUUUCUUCACGUGUGGUUGUGUAUCCUCUUUCCACAGAAAAUAGGCCACACAACCCAUCUCCAUCCGUGAAAUAACUCUCCUAUAAAAAUCCAAAAAAAUCAUAAAACCUCUGAAAAAACGCAUACAAAAAAAUCGCAAAAUCGUAGGCGAAAAACCGUGCAACCUCAGGUAACAGAGAGAGUGUGGGGAAAAAAAUUAGUAAGGAUCGUCUGUGCUCGUGUUUGCCGAGGCAUCCUUAUCAACGAGGCAACGAGGAAAGAAGAAGCAGCAGCAACCGAGGAAGAAGAAAGUGAGUUCAGACGACGACUCGAGGACGUGGCUGGAAGCAGGCGAGCCAUAUUGUGAGGAGAAAGAAGACGAAGCUAGGAGGGGCAAAGCGAAGAAAACCCUCGCGCGAGAGGCAAAGGGUAACAUUGAUUGAGAGCAAUCGAACUUUCUUCCCGAAGAAGUGAGCACACGUCGAAGCAGCACGACCCUCCGCCGCGACCAUGAAUCCGGGAGCGCCCAAUUAUCCCAUGGCUUCGCUCUACGUGGGCGACCUGCACACCGACAUCACCGAGGCGAUGCUGUUCGAGAAAUUCUCGUCGGCUGGACCCGUGCUGUCGAUACGGGUAUGCCGCGACAUGAUCACCCGCCGUUCGCUCGGCUAUGCAUACGUCAACUUCCAGCAACCGGCUGAUGCCGAACGCGCCCUUGACACAAUGAAUUUUGACAUGAUAAAGGGGCGGCCUAUUCGAAUUAUGUGGUCCCAACGUGACCCGUCCCUUCGGAAAUCAGGCGUCGGAAACGUCUUUAUCAAGAAUCUAGAUAAGAACAUUGACAAUAAGGCGAUGUAUGAUACUUUCUCUGCAUUUGGCAACAUAUUGAGUUGCAAAGUUGCUCAAGACGAGUCGGGCGCGUCGAAAGGCUACGGCUUCGUCCACUUCGAGACAGAAGAAGCCGCAAAUAAAUCCAUUGAUAAGGUUAACGGCAUGUUACUGAAUGGCAAAAAGGUGUACGUCGGCAAAUUCAUCCCGCGCAAAGAACGCGAGAAGGAAUUGGGCGAGAAGGCAAAACUCUUCACUAACGUUUACGUGAAGAACUUCGGAGAGGACAUGACUGACGAUAAACUAAAAGAAAUGUUCGAGAAAUACGGGACCAUCACAAGCCAUAAAGUGAUGAACAAGGACGACGGCAAGUCACGUGGCUUUGGUUUCGUCGCGUUCGAAGAUCCGGACGCCGCCGAGCAGGCAGUGCUCGAACUAAACGGCAAAGAGAUCGCCGAAGGCAAGUGUAUGUACGUAGGACGCGCUCAGAAGAAAGCUGAGCGGCAACAAGAGCUGAAGCGCAAGUUCGAACAGCUGAAGAUCGAGCGAUUGAAUCGCUACCAAGGCGUAAAUCUCUAUGUUAAAAAUCUGGACGACACAAUAGACGACGAGCGUUUGCGCAAAGAGUUCACGCCUUUUGGCACGAUCACGUCCGCGAAGGUCAUGAUGGAGGAAGGACGCAGUAAGGGCUUUGGAUUCGUGUGUUUCUCGCAACCAGAAGAAGCCACCAAAGCCGUUACUGAGAUGAACGGUCGCAUUGUCGGGUCUAAACCGUUAUACGUCGCUUUGGCGCAGCGCAAAGAAGACCGCAAAGCUCACCUCGCCUCCCAGUACAUGCAGCGUAUGGCGAACGUCCGCAUGCAGCAAAUGGGACAAAUAUUCCAGCCCGGUAACGCUGGCAGUUACUUUGUACCUACUUUACCGCAGCCUCAGCGAUUCUACGGACCCGCGCAAAUGGCGCAAAUCCGCGCGACGCCACGUUGGCCGGCGCAACCGAACCAGGUGCGACCAAAUGCACAGACCGGCAGCUCCGGAUUCGCAAUGCAAGCUCCGUUUAGAGCGGCGCCGCGCGCUCCUGCCGCUCAAGCUGGCGCCAUGCGCAACACUCUGUCCGCCAGACCUAUCACAGGUCAGCAAGCGGUCGGUGGCGCAAACAUGCAGAGCCGAUCCAUGGCCGGGCCGGCGGUCGGAGUUUCGCCGCAGAGCCGUCCUUCAAAUUACAAAUACACCGCGAACAUGCGCAACCCGCCACAGACAAUGCCGAUGCCCGCUCAAGCUCCCGUACAGCAAGCGGUACACAUUCAAGGCCAAGAGCCGCUUACCGCAUCGAUGUUGGCAGCCGCGCCUCCGCAGGAACAAAAGCAGAUGUUGGGCGAGCGUUUGUUCCCGCUGAUACAAUGUAUGUAUCCGGCCCUCACCGGCAAGAUCACCGGCAUGCUCCUGGAGAUCGACAACUCCGAACUCCUGCAUAUGCUGGAGCACAGCGAGUCGCUGAAGGCCAAGGUUGAAGAAGCCGUGGCCGUGCUGCAGGCCCAUCAGGCCAAGCAGGCGAAUCAGCCAAAAAAGGAAUAAGAUCUCCGAAAAAAGAAGUCCCACAAGUCCGAACCCUUUCAUUUUGACCUUAUAAUCAGUGAUUAUUAUGUGCCGAUUAACAAAGAAAAUGUUCUCUUAGUUUUUCUUUUUUUUUCUUUUUUCUUUAUAUCCCCUUGUCUUCUACUUCUCCUUCUCUCUUGCUAUCUAUCAUUGCGCAAUUUAAUCAGAUUCUAUGUAAAUUUACUUUUAAGAUUUUUCAAACUGCAAUGCUGACUCGAGACCGAUCGUCACGUAUAUUGAUAAAAUAACUGGUGUUAACUGGAAUGUGAAAUGCGACUAUUGAUUUGCAAGCUGAUCGUGAAAGGGUUUUUCUUCUAAAAUUUUUAAAUGCAUAAUAAAUAAAUUUUUCUUUCAAUCUAUA